GCCCGGCCCGGGGCUGAGGUGUAGCGGGCGCCAUGGCGAACCGGACGGUGAAGGAUGCGCACAGCAUCCACGGCACUAACCCGCAGUACCUGGUGGAGAAGAUUAUCCGCACCCGCAUCUACGAGUCUAAGUACUGGAAGGAGGAGUGCUUCGGGCUGACGGCCGAGCUGGUGGUGGACAAGGCCAUGGAGCUGAAGUACGUUGGGGGAGUCUAUGGUGGGAACAUUAAGCCUACGCCGUUCUUGUGCUUGACGCUGAAGAUGCUGCAGAUCCAGCCCGAAAAGGACAUCAUCGUGGAGUUCAUAAAAAACGAGGACUUCAAGUACGUCCGAAUGCUGGGUGCGUUGUACAUGAGGCUGACAGGCACUGCCAUUGACUGCUACAAGUACCUGGAACCCCUGUACAAUGACUAUCGGAAAAUAAAAAGCCAAAACAGAAACGGGGAAUUUGAACUGAUGCAUGUGGAUGAAUUCAUUGAUGAAUUACUCCACGAGGAACGUGUAUGCGACAUCAUUCUGCCUCGAUUACAGAAACGAUACGUCCUGGAAGAAGCUGAGCAACUCGAGCCUCGUGUCAGUGCUCUGGAAGAAGACAUGGAUGAUGUAGAAUCUAGCGAAGAGGAGGAAGAGGAAGAUGAAAAGCUGGAACGAGCACCAUCACCUGACCACCGCAGAAGAGGCUACAGAGACCUGGACAAACCUCGCCGAUCUCCUGCUGUGCGGUACAGGCGGAGCCGGAGCAGGUCUCCAAGAAGGCGAAGCCGCUCUCCAAAGAGAAGGAGCCCAUCGCCACGCCGAGAGAGGCAUCGCAGCAAAAGCCCGAGGCGACACCGGAGCAGAUCCAGGGAGAGGCGGCACAGAUCGAGAUCUAAAUCUCCAGGUCAUCAUCGUAGUCACAGACACAGAAGUCAUUCCAAAUCACCUGAAAGAUCUAAGAAAAGUCACAAGAAGAGCCGGCGAGGGAAUGAAUAACAGACUAUAUCCAGCCCACAGUUCAGGGACCUUGAACUGCAGUCAAAUACUGUUCUAUCUGCAUUAUGGGACAGCUGGAUAUGUACUGGCUGCUUUAGCAGUCCAUUCCUUUAAUCCUCCUUCUGUACAAGUCCUGUUUGUUUGUUUGUUUUUAACUAAAGGAAAGGUAAGGACAUUUUUUAUGUAGCUGCAUAUCCUCAUGAUGUAACUUGAGAUCUCUUUUUAAAUUGUUUUUCUCAAGGCCUGUAAAAAAACAGUGAAGAGCAAUAAAAAAAAAAUGGGGCUUCUGUCUUUAGACCUUUGUUGCUGUUUCUUUCAUUAUACUUUGUUUAGUUGAAACUGGCUUCAUUCUCAAAUCAGGUGCUCAUGUGAGAGUAUGUUCAAGUUACAGACACUGAAGAGCCACCAGCCUGAAUGAUUUCAAACCUCCAGUACAGGAAAGAAAUGAAGACUCUCCUAAUCCAGUAUGUCUACUAAAAGCAAGAGUUAAACAGCUCUCCCACACACAAAAGAAUCAGUAACAGCUAUGUAAGAAUCGCCCUUAGUUCUAACACUGUCGGACAGUUUAGAAGCUUCAAGUAGUACAAAACACUGCAGCUCUUUAGG